AUGGAUACAGACUGCGACACGACAAACUGGCCUCCAGUCAACGAUUCAGUGAUUCACGCGAUAUACGGGAGCAAUAUGAUCGAACGGGCCGGACUACAUUGGGAAGCAACAUUUAAUCACUGUCACCAAGUACUUCAAGGUUUGGAUCCUUCUGUGGGCGGUGAUUCAGACGAUAUCCGAGGUCAACGUGAAGUCCUACAACACAUGAGGGCCUACCAGCACAUCCUCCACCACUUCGUUUUUCUCGGAGAGGACAUGUCAGAAAAUCUCAUCAAAGAUACGCACGCGAUCCUCUGUAAAGAUAUUUCAAUCAUCGACCCUGAAUAUCCAGAGGUGCCCUACGAGAAAUACGCCGGCAAAUAUCGCACAGUUCCUGUGGGCGCGGGCAAUACUAUGUUUAUCAUGCCCAAAUUUGUCCCAGUCAAAAUGACCGAGAUGUGCACGAAUCUCAAGAGGGAGCUCGAGGAGGAGAGUGGUGGUUUGGAUCCGAUUUCGCUUGCGUCGAAAUACUCGCUCAGAUUUGUCGAGAUUCAUCCCUUUCAAGACGGCAACGGACGCAUGUGUCGGAUGAUUCUCAACGCUAUUUUAUUUCGGUAUUUUGGAAUCGUUGUUCCGAUUGGAGAGACAGAAGAAGAUCGCAUCGAGUAUAUAGAUAUUAAGAAGCGCGCUUCGAGGGAUAUGGAAGGACAUGGGGAAUAUGCCACUUUUGUGCUGAAAAAGGGAGUGAAAUCAAUACAGAAGUUGAAGCAAAAGCUUCAGGGCAAAAAGACGUAA